GGAAAAUGGGCCACUGUCAUGGCGGACUCCGAAGAAUGAAAUUUUGUUUCCCUGGCUGAAAAGAGUGUGGACAUCAGAGAUCAAUCAACACAGCUCUCACUAGCUGAUCCACUGCACUCAGUCAGCCAACAUGGAUCCCACUCUGCUGGAUGAGAUGGAUUUCAGCUUCUCCUGUGACAGGUGCAGCUUCAGCACCAAGGACAUGCUGCAGAUCAAGCUGCACAUGGUUGAACACAGGUACCAAGGGAAAGAACCUGGUAAAACGGUGGCAGCAGCGGGAUCGGAUACACCUAGUGAUCAAGCCAAUCAAAGUUUAUCCCAAGAUGCUGGAGCCAAGAAUCAUUCAGAAGAUGCUUCAACUCUGUCAAACAAGGACACGCCUAAUGCCACACCCUUUGUAUCAGACACACCCAGUGUGACCCCAGCUCUGCAUUCUACCCAACAGAGCCGCACAGGUGACGACACACACCCUUCACCAGGACUUAGAGAUAAUGUAAGCUCGCAAGUGUCUAGAGAGAAGGAUGGAAGCAGCAAGAAUGUGGAGGAGAGAGAAGAAAAGACCCAUCGCAGUGAUCAGAAUGCCAGCAGAGAAGCCACAGUGAUUGUUUCGAGGAUCGAACAGUCCCUGAAAGAGAUCAGCACUGCUCAACCCCAACCGCCCCAAGAUGGAGCACCGGGUCCAGCCAAGAGCACGGGCCUUGAUUCCAUUGCUGACCGCAUUCACUCUCGCCGCCGACCUGCCAGCAAGAAGCCCCAGGAGGAACCAGAGGAGGAGGACGAGGAGUACGUCCCCUACCGACCCGUGAAGCGCAGUGCAUCCCGGCUCAAGCGACACGCCAGGCGGGUCAACCGGCGGGUUGCUGUUGCAGCCGCACCCGGCCCAAGGGCCAGGGCCAAACUGCGGCCGGCCAUCCCCUCUGACCGCUACAAGUGCCAGCACUGCCACUUUGUCUGCAAGUUCAAGCAGAAUCUGCGUGCCCACAUGCGGGGUUCACAUCCGGAAGACUACACCAAGGUAAUCCAAGAGAAGAAGGCAGAGCACGGAGGGCAGGAAGGAGGCAGGGAACCGGAGUCCCGAGUCCCGGAAGAUGCCCAUGAACCGGGGGGCGUCGCGGAUGAAAUCCAGUCCAACGUGGCUCCUGAUCGUUACCAGUGCACCCUCUGCACGACCUUCUUCUGCCGCUUCAAGAAGGACCUCCAUGACCACAAGAGUCGAGUCCAUGGCAUCCCAGCCCCAGUCUACAAGUACCAGUCCCGCAUCCCCGAGAAUCGCUACCAGUGCCCGCAGUGUGACUACGUCUGUAAAUUUCAGCGGACGUUGCGGCUCCACUGCCGUUCGGCCCACCCCAAGGCGGCCAAAAGCCCCGAAGCCAAGGAGCGGAAGGAGAAGAAGGAGAAGCGGGCACUCGAUGACCGCUACCGGUGCAGUGAGUGCGACUUUGCCUGCAAGUUCAAGGGUCAGCUCAAGAACCACAGGAGCGCGGCCCACAAGAAGGAGCGCCCUCCCAAAACGGUGCGGGAGCAGCAGUGCGAAUUCUGCCAGAAGUUCAUCCAGGGCACGAUGCACCACUACCGGCGACACCUGAAGACCCACACAGGAGACAAGCCCUACAAGUGCACCAUCUGCGACGCCGUCUUCGGCGACCAGAGUCGGCUGAACGCCCACGCCCCCAUCCACCAGGAGGAGCGCAACUACCUGUGCGACCAGUGCGGCAAGAGCUUCAAGCGGGCCAUCAACCUGCGCAUGCACCGCAAGGUGCACCUGGUGGUGCGGCCCCACGGCUGCGAGCUCUGCAGCUACCGUUGCAAGCGUCACGACACCCUCAACCUGCACAUGAAGCGCAAGCACCUCAAGAUCCGUCGCAUCCUCUGCGACACCUGCGGCAAGAAGUUCUUCAGCGAGAAGGAGUGCCAGCUGCACGCCGCCCGCAAGCACCUGCCCCGGCCCACGCCGUUCCGGUGCACCUUCUGUCCGGCCGCCUUCCCCUUCGCCUACAACCUGCGCGCCCACAUGAAGAAGCACCCGGAGCACAAGCCGUUUCGCUGCGAGUACUGCAGCUUUGAGUCCCGCUCCAAAGCCAGUCUCCAGGAUCACGAGAAGAUGCACACAGGAGAGAAACAGAAGAAAUGUGAGAUGUGCGAUUAUACCACCAGCACCAGCAGCAAUCUGUACAAGCAUCGGAAGCGCCAGCAUGGUGUCGUCCUGAAUCGCACCAAGUCACCGCGUGUCCACUCCCCUUCGCAGGACCGCCAACCUGUCUUGCCCCUGCCAGCUGCCGCCACCCUCCAGGGGUCACCCCAUGUCUCCAUGGCCCCCACGCCCCUCUCCACAACACCCCAGCCCCAUCCCAUGCUACCCACACCCGAGGGGCUGCACGUGCACCACAUGCACAUCCAGCGCCACCUACAAGGGGCGCUGUCGCCCCUUCCCAGCCAGAUCCAGGGCUCCCCCUCCCCGGCCCUCACCCCCUCCGUCACCCAGUCUGUCACUGUCCCUGCUACCAGCAGCGGGCACAUGGACCUGAGGAGUGUCCAGCCCUACGAGGAAAUCGAAUUCAAGGACCGCCGGGCAGUCAUCUACAGCCGAGAGAAAUCCCUGAUCGGGUCCGUCAUCACAGAGGCACUAGCAGAAGCCCGGAAUGUCGUCCAGAACGAAUUGUACAACAGUGGUCACGUGAUCCAGUCCACCGUAGCACCUCCCCCGGGGCAGCACCAGACGGGGCUGCCCGUGACGACGACAAUGGCGCCCCCGCAUGCCAACAUCGUGCCAGCCGAGAGCAUCAUUCAUGGUACAAUUCCGACCAGCGCUGGCAUCCCCCCCAGUGGAGCUUCAGGUAUUUUCAACAGCAUCAUGAAUAUUCAUUACUGAUCAUGAAUAAACAAUUUGUCCAGAGAACAUGAAUGCCAAUCAAGUUAAAAAUUAUUCCAAUUUUUUAAAAUAGAAAAAAUAAUCGUAGACUGUGCAGCUUAGUUUAACAUUAACCACUACCAGCCGGGGACUCCGAAAUCGGAGCCGUAUGGUUUAUAUGUGUGGCCGGGGUCUCCAA